AGUCACCAGCUAGAGCGCAGCUGAGGCACUAGAGCUCCAGGCAAAGGGCGGGAGCCACCGCCGCCCCUAUGGCGCCCGCCGCCCUCUGGGUCGCGCUGGUCUUCGAACUGCAGCUGUGGGCCACCGGACACACAGUGCCCGCCCAGGUUAUCUUGACGCCCUACAAGCCGGAACCUGGGUACAAGUGCCGGAUCUCACAGGAAUACUAUGACAGGAAGGCUCAGAUGUGCUGUGCUAAGUGUCCUCCUGGCCAAUAUGUGAAACAUUUCUGCAACAUGACCUCGGACACCGUGUGUGCGGACUGUGAGGCGAGCAUGUAUACCCAGGUCUGGAACCAGUUACCUACAUGCUUGAGCUGCAGUUCUUCCUGUAGCGCUGACCAGGUGGAGACCCGCGCCUGCACUAAACAGCAGAACCGAGUGUGUGUUUGCGAAGCUGGCAGGUACUGCGCCUUGAAAAUGCAUUCUGGAAGCUGUCGACAGUGCAUGAGGCUGAGCAAGUGCCCCCCUGGCUUAGGAGUGGCCAGUUCAAGAGCCCCAAAUGGAAACGUGCUAUGCCGGGCCUGUGCCCCAGGGACGUUCUCUGACACCACAUCAUCCACAGAUGUGUGCAGGCCCCACCGCAUCUGUAGCAUCCUGGCUAUUCCCGGAAAUGCAAGCACAGAUGCAGUCUGUGCGCCCGAGUCCCCAACUCUAAGUGCCAUCCCAAGGACACGCUACAUAUCUCAGCCAGAGCCCACAAGAUCCCAACCCCUGGAUCAAGAGCCAGGGCCCAGCCAAACUCCAAGCAUCCUUCCGUCGUUGGGUUCAACCCCCAUUAUUGAACAAAGUACCAAGGGUGGCAUCUCUCUUCCAAUUGGUCUGAUUGUUGGAGUGACAUCACUGGGUCUGCUGAUGUUAGGACUGGUGAACUGCUUCAUCCUGGUGCAGAGGAAAAAGAAGCCCUCCUGCCUACAAAGAGAUGCCAAGGUGCCUCAUGUGCCUGAUGAGAAAUCCCAGGAUGCAGUAGGCCUUGAGCAGCAGUACCUGUUGACCACAGCACCCAGUUCCAGCAGCAGCUCCCUAGAGAGCUCAGCCAGCACUGGGGACCGAAGGGCGCCCCCUGGGGGCCAUCCCCAAGCAAGAGUCAUGGCGGAGGCCCAAGGGUCUCAGGAGGCCCGUGCCAGCUCCAGGAUUUCAGAUUCUUCCCAUGGAAGCCACGGGACCCACGUCAAUGUCACCUGCAUCGUGAAUGUCUGUAGCAGCUCUGACCACAGCUCUCAAUGCUCUUCCCAAGCCAGCGCCACAGUGGGAGACCCAGAUGUCAAGCCCUCAGGGUCCCCAAAGGAUGAGCAGGUCCCCUUCUCUCAGGAGGAGUGUCCAUCUCAGUCCCCGUGCGAGACUACAGAGACACUGCAGAGCCAUGAGAAGCCCUUGCCCCUUGGUGUGCCGGAUAUGGGCAUGAAGCCCAGCCAAGCUGGCUGGUUUGAUCAGAUUGCAGUCAAAGUAGCCUGACCCCUGACAGGGGUAACACCCUGCAAAGGGACCCCCGAGACCCUGAACCCAUGGAACUUCAUGACUUUUGCUGGGCCCAUUUCCCUUAGUGGCCUCCAGAGCCCCAGUUGCAGGUCAAGUGAGGGCUGAGGCAGCUAGAGUGGUCAAAAACUGCCAUGGUGUUUUAUGGGGGCAGUCACAGGAAGUUGUUGCUCUUCCGUGACCCCUCUGGAUCUCCUGGGCUCUUGCCUGAUUCUUGCUUCUGAGAGGCCCCAGUAUCUUUUCCUUCUAAGGAGCUAACAUCCUCUUCCAUACGCUUGGAGGAAGGAUAGCACAGCUCUUCAGCCUGAAUGCUGACACUGCAGGGCGGUUCCAGCAAGUAGGAGGAAGUGGUGGCCUGGUAGGGCACAGAGGAGGCCCUUCAGGUUAGUGCUAAACUCUUAGGAAGUACCCUCUCCAAGCCCUCCGAAAUUCUUUUGAUGCAAGAAUCAGAGGCCCCAUCAGGCAGGGUUGCUCUGUUAUAGGAUGGUAGGGCUGUAACACAGUGGUCCAGUGUGCUUUUAGCAUGCCCUGGGUUUGAUCCUCAGCAACACAUGCAAAACGUAAGUAGACAGCAGCCAGCACAGCCAGCCCCCUGUGUGGUUUGCACCCUCUGCCUUUGACUUUUACUCUGGUGGGCACACAGAGGGCUGGAGCUCCUCCUCCUGACCUUCUAAUGAGCCCUUCCAAGGCCACACCUGCCUUCAGGGAAUCUCAGGGACUGUAGAGUUCCCAGGCCCCUGCAGCCACCUGUCUCUUCCUACCUCAGCCUGGAGCACUCCCUCUAACUCCCCAACAGCUUGGUACUGUACUCGCUGUGACCCCAAGUGCAUGUCCGGGUUAGGCACUGUGAGUUGGAACAGCUGAUGACAUCGGUUGAAGGGCCCACCCGGAAACAGCUGAAGCCAGCUAUUUUGCCAAAGGAUUCAUGCCCGUUUUCUAAUCAACCUGCUCCCCUAGCAUGCCUGGAAGGAAAGGGUUCAGGAGACUCCUCAAGAGGCAAGUUCAGUCUCAGGUGCUUGGAUGCCGCCAUGCUCACCGAUUCCACUGGAUAUGAACUUGGCAGAGGAGCCUAGUUGUUGCCAUGGAGACUUAAAGAGCUCAGCACUCUGGAAUCAAGAUACUGGACACUUGGGGCCAACUUGUUAAGGCUCUGCAGCAUCAGAUUGUAGAGGGGAAGGAACACGUCUGCUCCCUGGUGGCCAAUCCUGGAAUGACAUCGGGCCUCCUAAGCAACAAAAGAAUGAAUUGGAAAGGACUGUUUCUGGGUGUGGCCUCAGCUCCUGUGCUUGUGUGGAUCCCUAAAGGGUGUGCUAAGGAGCAAUUGCACUGUAUGCUGGACAGAAUUCCUGCUUAUAAAUGCUUUUUGUUGUUGUUUUGUACACUGA